GCUCCUCGUGUGAAACCAUGGCAAUGAAGUUGAUUUGUGGCUGUCUUUUGGCACUUGCUCUGUUUGGCUGUCUGGCUGAUGCUCAAUAUCACGGUCAACAGCACACUCAGAAGCCCAAGCCAUCUCCGGAUAACCAGCAGCGUCAGAAGACUCGGGAGCCCCAGGUAAAGAACCCUUUAAAAACAACAGACCCAAGUGCAUUUCAUACUUGUGAAGUAGAAGAGCAAUACAAGAUACGGUGUGGUGCUCCAAGUAUCUCUGCUUCAGACUGUGAGGCUAUAAACUGCUGCUACGAUGGACGCUCAUGCUAUUAUGGCAAAGCCGUGACUCUUCAGUGCACUAAGGAUGCCCAGAUCAUUCUGGUGGUGGCCAGAGACGCCACCCUACCUAACCUUGACUUGGAGUCUAUUACUUUCCUUGGAGAUACUGGAGUGUGCAGCCCUGUUGGCACCACUUCAGCUUUUGCCAUCUACCAGUUCCCUGUCUUUGGCUGCGGCACUGUCAUGACGGAGGAGCCCGGUGUUAUAAUCUAUGAGAACAGGAUGUCCUCCUUUUAUGAAGUCGCUGUUGGACCCCUCGGAGCCAUUACCAGAGACAGCCACUAUGAAUUGUUUAUCCAGUGUAAAUAUAUUGGCACUACAGUUGAGGCUUUGGUCAUUGAGGUUGGCGAUGUUCCUCCACCAUUCCCAGUUGCAGCUCCUGGACCCCUACGUGUGGAGCUCAGAUUGGCCAAUGGACAGUGUACUACAAAGGGUUGUGUCGAAGCGGAAGUGGCUUACAACUCCUUCUACGUAGAUUCUGAUUACCCUAUCGUAAAGGUUCUCAGGACACCUGUGUACGUUGAGGUCAGAAUGCUGGAGAGGACUGACCCCAACAUUGUCUUGACUCUUGGAAGAUGUUGGGCAACUAUUGACCGCAACCCUUUCAGUCGUCCUCAGUGGGACCUGCUGAUUGAUGGCUGCCCCUACCGGGAUGAUCGCUACACUACAAACCUGGUUCAUGUGGAUGCCUCAUCAGGACUCAUGUACCCAACCCACCACAGGCGUUUCAUUUUCUACAUGUUCACUUUUGUUUCUUCUGGAUCUUCCAAUCAAGCCAAAGUAGGGUCUAAUCAUCCUGGCAAGGGAAACAAGGGAGGGGCAGAUCCUGAUGUUAUGACUCCUCUCAGGGAAAAGAUACAUAUCCACUGCGAUGCAGCUGUGUGCAAGGGAUCUGCUGUAGAUAAUUGUGAGCCCAGGUGCUUCAGAAACAGGAGGGAUAUUGCUGCUUCAGCCAAGAAAGACACCAGGGCUGAGACCACUCUGGUUAGCAGUAUGGAGGUUGUCAUCGUUGACCCAAGUACUCAGUAACAUCAUCCAGACAGAACUUUUCAUCAUGAAAUCUCUGUUCACAAAGCAUACUGAAAACUGAUUGAGUUUGAAAUAAAUCUUCAAAUGGCUAA